AUGAUGAGUAUCUUACCUGCUCACGACGAUGAGAUAGAUAGCAUCAGAAGUCUAGUUAGUUCUGCCACUUUAGACCCGGAAGUGAAGGGUGGGUUAAGAUGGCGCCUCGGGAAGGAGUCUUCUGGAGACCGAUACACUGUUGUUGGGGUUUGGCAUAUAAAUGCUAAAAUAUAUAGAGGUUCAUCAAUUAGGCUUAAGAUCCAAGAUGCAGAUAGAUUUGACUUCCUGUCUUCAUCUGGGGAAGUUACAUGCGAGGUCACUCUGAAAAUGACUUCAAUAGUAUCAAACUUGCUGGACGAUGAGAUAGAUAGCAUCAGAAGUCUAGUUAGUUCUGCCACUUUAGACCCGGAAGUGAAGGGUGGGUUAAGAUGGCGCCUCGGGAAGGAGUCUUCUGGAGACCGAUACACUGUUGUUGGGGUUUGGCAUAUAAAUGCUAAAAUAUAUAGAGGUUCAUCAAUUAGGCUUAAGAUCCGAGAUGCAGAUAGAUUUGACUUCCUGUCUUCAUCUGGGGAAGUUACAUGCGAGGUCACUCUGAAAAUGACUUCAAUAGUAUCAAACUUGCUGGUGAGUUUUUUUGUGGUAGUUGAUUCUGUAAUCUGCUUGUGUAGAUGA